AGAAACAGUGAAACACACACCCCCACCUCUCAAGGACCCAAUAAUUUAUGUCAAUCAAGGUGCUUGCUUCAUCUUUUCUUUGCCUUGAUUUUCGUUUUCGCUUCCUGUUUUGGGCCUUUUGGCUUCCGAUUGAUCUCUUUUCUUGAAUCAAACCAUAUCCCGGCCUCAAUGAUUUCAAAAAAAAAUGUGGCCAACGCCGUUGGUGGCAAAACGGCUAGAGCCUGUGACAGUUGUAUAAGGAAGCGGGCUAGAUGGUACUGUGCAGCCGAUGAUGCAUUUCUUUGCCAAGUUUGUGAUUCCUCAGUGCACUCCGCUAACCAUUUAGCUCACAGACACAAAAGGGUUCGUUUAAAGACUGCCUCUUUUAAAUCUUUGGACCUUGUUCCCAAGGAGAAUUGUGCGCCAUCAUGGCACCAUGGGUUCACAAGAAAGGCCAGGACACCGCGACAUGGAAAGCCUGUGUCUCAUUCAAAAAUCGAAAAAAAAUUAAGGAAUCCUAUUCCUCUUGUUCCUGAAGUGGGUUCAGACGAGAUAUCUCAUGGAGAGAACGAAGAGGAGCAGCUACUGUACAGGGUUCCAGUCUUCGACCCAUUUGUUGCUCAGCUAUGCAAUUCAACAACCAUCUCAAAUAAUGAAGCAGAAACGACUACUGCUGCUGAUAAUGAUUCUGAUCAGACAGUUGCUGACGCUAACGGAAUCGAAUCGAAGGCUUCGUUAGGUGCCGGAGGAAAGGAAUUUGAGAGUCUACAUGGUUUUCUCCCAUCCGAUAUGGAUCUUGCAGAGUUUGCGGCGGAUGUGGAGAGCUUGCUCGGUAGGGGUCUUGAAAAUGAGUCUGUUGGGAUGGAAGAACUGGGGAUUGUGGGUUGUAAAGAACAGAAGGAGUUGCAGAGAGAGUAUUAUGUAGGAAGGGGAAUGGUGAAGCUUGAAGACGAACGGGAAGGGAUAGAAAAGGAAGAAGAAGCUGUAAGGGACUGCUAUGUCGAUACUGAUGAGACUGAAAUGGCAAGAGAACCGCCUUUUGAGUUGAGCUUUGACUACGAUUCUGCAACAUGUGGAGAGGAAGAUGAAAAGGUAGGGACUGGAGAGAGAGACUUAAAGAACAAUGAAGAAUACGAAGAUGAUGGUGAAAACUUGAAGAAGAAAAAGAAGAAGAGAAAGAUACUACUAAAGUUAGAUUAUGAGGCAGUUAUAACAGCUUGGGCAAGCCAAGGGUCUCCUUGGACCACAGGCAACCGGCCAGACAUCGACCCCGACGAAUGUUGGCCGGAGUACUGGAUGGGUAUUUGUGGAGCUGAACUUCACCACGAUGGUUAUGGAGAUCAUACAACCAGUGUAGGGGUACAGCACCCUACAAUGGCAGACGGAGGUAGAGAAGCAAGAGUGUCGAGGUACAGAGAGAAGCGGAGAACAAGGUUGUUCUCCAAGAAAAUAAGAUACGAGGUGAGGAAAUUGAAUGCGGAGAAAAGGCCCAGAAUGAAAGGUAGAUUUGUGAAGAAGGCAAGUUUUGCAGGUCCUUGACAUGCCAAAUGAGUACUUCUCAUUAUAAAUUUGCCUGUACAGAGUAGAAAAAUUGGACUGGAAUUAAUGUAUUAGUGAGGUCUGUGAAAUAAACAAAUAAAUAAAAAAAAUUUCAUCUC